GUUACUAAUGGAAUUAGAAUCAAGGCAACAGCAUUAUAUAUUCCGGAAGACCUUAGUGAUUAUACAUUUUAUUAUAGAAUUUCAAUUUCAAUGGACAAAAAUGAAGACCCAAAUAAAUCUUGUCAACUAAUAAGACGUCAUUGGACUAUCACAACUUCAAAAGGAUCAAUAUUUACUGACGGUCCAGGUGUUAUAGGUCUAUUUCCAAUUAUAACUCCUGGAGUUAAAUUCGAAUAUUGCAGUAAAUGCGAAUUGGAUGAUUCUUUAGAAUAUUCAACUGUGGUAGGUACAAUGAAUGGUUAUCUUUCUUUUUCAAGACUAAGCAAUAGAGAUGAAAUUAUAACCGCAAUUGUUCCACUAUUCUUUUUAACAAUUAACCAACAAUAAUAUAAAAUAAAAUUGUAUAGUAAAAUAAAAAUAAAAAAAAAUAUACCCAUAUUCCAUUUUUAGAGUAAUU